UCGGUAGCGAAAGUGAGAGUGCGGAAGCGCUCUGGUUACGAGCAGAGUGCCCAUGACUUUUGCAUACAGUUUCUUCGAAUUACUUUAAAUAAUAUUAUUCAAGAAAUGAAAUUUAAGCUUAGAAUUUAUUAUACGCUUAAUGAAUAAGAAAAAUGAUGGAUAAAAAUAUUCCAGCAUUAGUUUAAAGUUUAUUAAUAAUUUUCGAGGAAUGCCGUCACCACUUUAUGUUAAAUAAAAAUAACGAAGCAGUGUGGACGAUGUACGAGCCGCAAGAUGUUAAACGUUUGGUUACGCCGGCUCCACACGUUGUACGAUUUGCCAUUGUUAUAAGUUUGAUAGUAGCCACUGCAACUAUUUUACACUUCAGCCAUUAUAGACCCAAACAAACAUUUUUAUCCUGUGAUAGACCAUGCCAUCAUUUGGAUUGGCCAAUGAUAUGUCGAGUGAAACUCACACUCGAAGUCUUCCAAACUUUAAGCAAAUCUUGCGGCGAUUGCCCUUUCAAUGAAACCGCAUGUCUAGCUAAACACUGCGUUUCAGCAGAUGGAAGGAAGAGAGGCCUCUUCACUGCUAAUCGACAAAUGCCUGGACCUAGUAUUCAGGUAUGCGAAAAUGAUAUCCUCGUCGUGGAUGUCGUGAACAGGCUUCCAGGGAAAGCGGCGGUCAUUCAUUGGAGGGGACAGUCUCAACUUGAGACACCAUGUAUGGAUGGAGCACCUCUUAUAACGCAAUGUCCAAUUCCCAGUUACACGACCUUCCAAUACAAAUUUCGUGCUUCUGCACCUGGAACUCACCUGUGGCAUGCUCAUUCUGGAGCUGAUGUUGCAAAUGGGCUCUUCGGUUCCUUGAUCGUUAGACAAGCCCAGCUCCGGGAACCACAUCGUGAGUUGUACGACAUUGAUGAUCCUAAUCAUGUGAUACUUUUGAGUCAAUGGCAGCAGCCUGUGAUAUCCGAAGGCUCUGUGAGCCGGGACAAAACCGAGCUGGAUAUUCUUCUUGUUAAUGGAAAAGGAAGACAACCAAGUGGACCUAAUGUACCACUGUCAACUUUUAUUGUUACUCCUGGACGAAGACACAGAUUCCGAGUUGCCAAUGGAGCAGGUUCUGGAUCUUGUCCUAUGACUUUGUCUAUUGAUGGUCACUCUCUUCUUCUCAUUGGCCUUGAUGGACAUCCAAUCAAUCCUCAGAAAGUCAAUGCGAUUACUCUUGCAAAGGGAGAAAGAGCGGACUUCAUAUUAAAAGCCAACAAGCCAAUAUCUACUUACUGGUUGAACCUAAAAACGACGAGCAAGUGUCGAUCAAGAGUUGCUAGUGGCUCUGCACUCAUAAAAUAUAAAGGAUCCACUGAUGAAGUGCCUCCAAAUUCUUUGCCAGGAUAUGUAUCCGAUUUAAAGAACGACGUCUUCAUGACAACAGAUCCUGCAAAUACUUGCGAGAAUCCUGAAAGGGUUUGCGUUACUGAAGUAACAGCAAUGACAAAAAUGCCUCUUGCGUUGGCCGAUCCAAAUGUAGAUGUCAAGAUGUACUUGCCAAUAAACUACAGAUUACAAGGAUCUGAAUUUUCAGCUGGAACUGGGAAUAUAGAAACAAGGAUUCUGAACAUUGACAAUGCUACCUUUACUUAUCCUUCUUCACCUUUAUUAACUCAGAACCCUGAUGUUCAGGGGACAAUGUUUUGUUCCGGUUUUGAAGAAGAUAGUUCUUCAGGUUCUGUAAAAUCAGGAUUAAGUCGUUGCCAAAGUUCCACAUUACCUCGUAGAUUAGAUGACAUUACCAGUUCCAAUUGUGAAUGUGUUCAUGUUCGUCGAAUUCCGUUAGGUGCAACGGUGGAAAUCAUUCUUAUGGAUCAAGGUGGUCUGGAAGAUUUGGUGUACCAUCUUCACGGAUACAGUUUUUAUGUAGUAGCAGCUAGAAACUUCGCUCGAAGUAUGCCAUUAGAAGAAGUCAAGAAAUUGGACGAAAAAGAAUCGCUUUUCGUUCGAAACUUAGAUUGUGCACCACUCAAAGAUACUGUGAUUGUACCGAAAUUAGGUGCUGUUGCUAUCAGAUUCAAGGCUGAUAAUCCUGGUUAUUGGAUGUUACGAGAUGAACAUUCUCCCGAGUGGACUCGAGGUUUGGAUGUAGUUUUACAAGUUGGUGAACAAAACGACAUGGUGCAGGCGCCAAACGAUUUUCCAAAAUGUGGUUCUUUUGUUGGACCAGACUAUUUCCUUAUUUAGACUGAAUAAGUGACAAGUGAUUCUUGUAAAUAUUUUACUAUGUACAUACUUUAUUUAAGAUUUAAGCGUUACAAUUUAAUACACUUUCGUAUUAGAACAAUUAUUGAAUAUCAUGUGUUAUCUAAUUUAGUCGAAAUCUUGAGAUAGGAAACC